CACUAUAGCUAACAAACGUUAUAUUAGAUGUGCUCAUUUUCCCCGGCAAUGAACCAUCGUGCUGACGUCUCGCUGUUGACGUGAACCUGCAGUAACGUUACCGGGAAAGAUGCCUGUGGAUAGCGUUGCAGAGCUGCUGAAGUACUAUGAAGUGUACGAAACCAUAGGCUCCGGUGGUUUUGCCAAAGUGAAGUUGGGACGGCACAUCCUGACAGGGGAAAAGGUUGCCAUAAAAAUAAUGGAGAAGAAAGACCUGGGGGAUGACUUGCCUCGAGUGAAGACUGAAAUCGAGGCCAUGAAGAACUUGAGCCACCAGCACGUGUGCCGGCUCUACCACGUCAUCGAGACGGCCACCAAGAUCUUCAUGGUGCUCGAGUAUUGUCCCGGAGGAGAGCUGUUUGACUACAUCAUCGCCAAGGAUCGCCUCUCAGAGGAGGAGACGCGGGUGUUUUUUCGUCAGAUUGUGUCAGCGUUGGCCUAUGUGCACAGCCAGGGCUACGCGCACAGGGACCUCAAACCGGAAAAUCUUCUCAUUGACGAGGACCACAACCUGAAGCUGAUUGACUUUGGGCUGUGUGCAAAACCUAAGGGCGGUCUGGGGUACGAGCUGAAGACCUGCUGCGGCAGCCCGGCCUACGCCGCUCCGGAGCUCAUCCAGGGCAAGGCCUACAUCGGCUCCGAGGCUGAUGUGUGGAGCAUGGGGGUGCUGCUCUUCGCUCUGCUCUGUGGGUACUUGCCUUUCGAUGACGACAACUGCAUGGUGCUGUACAGGAAAAUCACAAGAGGAAAAUACGACAAUCCUCACUGGCUCUCUCCUGGCAGCAUCCUGCUCCUCAAUCAGAUGAUGCAGGUGGAGCCAAAGCGCCGCCUCACGGUGCGCCAACUGCUGGAUCACCCCUGGGUGAUGAAAGGUUACAGCAGCCCAGUGGAGUGGCACAGCAAGCAGCCCCUCGGACACAUUGAUGAAGACUGCAUCACCGAGAUGUCCGUCAGCUUCAAGCGCUCCAGACAGAGCACCAUCAAGCUGGUCUCUGAGUGGAAGUACGAUCAGACGACAGCCACUUACCUGUUGCUCCUGGCCAAGAAGCAGCGUGGGAAGCCAGUGCGCCUGCGUCCCGACAUCCCCUGCUCCCCACAGCAAGAGCUGAAGUCCAAGAAGACGCUCGACUUCAGCGAGGAGGAUGAAGAUGACGCGGACCUCCCCAUGAUCCUCGGCUCCUUGGACCUCCCGGCGGACUGCUACCUCGACGACUGCCCCUGGGUUCCGCGCACGCCCAGAGCCCAGACGGAGAACCCAAGGCCGGCCUGCACGCCGGGGCAGAAGAAGGCAGAGCCAGCUCCCAGCCACACCCCCGGGAGGGAGCGCAUCCACCCCAAGAAGCAGACGAGCAGGGAGAACAAGGAGAACAAGGAAAAUGUGGGAGGGGGCUCGUCCAACCUUAAGGAGAAGGACACCUUCGCCCUCCCCGCGCCCCCCACCCCGGUGGGCAGUAAGAAAAGCACACGCCCCAACAAGGCCGUCCUCACCACCCCCAACAACAACAACAACUACAGCAGUAGCAACAACAGUGCCACAGAGGGAGUGUCAAAGGUGAGCGGUGGUGGCACCUCCAAGGAGCAGCCCCGCAAGAAAGGCACAGACCUGGCAACCCAGGGGGAGCUGGAGGUGGUGGCAUUCAGUCCAGAGAGGAGGUCUCGGUCGCUGGACAUGGCUGCGGCCCAGAGCGACAGCGCCCAGAAGCGCAAGGCGGGGAAGGUGUUCGGCAGCCUGGAGCGGGGGCUGGACAAGGUCAUCACCAUGCUGACGCCCAGCAAGAAGCGGGCCCUGCGGGAUGGCCCGCGCAAGAUCAAGGCACAGUACAACGUGACGUUAACCAACCAGACGAAUGCAGAGCAGGUUCUGAACCACAUCCUCAGUAUCCUGCCAGAGAAGAAUGUGGACUUUGUACAGAAAGGAUACACUCUGAAGUGCAGGACCCAGUCGGACUUCGGCAAGGUGACCAUGCAGUUCGAGCUGGAGGUGUGUCUCCUGACCAAGCCAGAAGUGGUGGGCAUCCGCAGGCAGAGACUGAAGGGAGACGCCUGGGUUUACAAGCACCUGGUAGAGGAUAUCCUGUCCACAUCCAGAGUCUGACUGUCCUCUCUC